ACUGGUAGAGGAUGUUGCUAGCAGCCUGUGUAGAUGCACAGCCUUUUUCACAACAAUAACAUCAACCAAAUUUGCAUCUCCACAUACCCUGAUUUGAGGAUUAUACAUCACGAACGCUUUCGGAAACCGCGCAUUGGACCGCGCCACGCCGAAUAGCCUUCAGUUCUGUCGGCUUUGUUGACAAUGGGAGCGGAGGGGUUUGCAGAUUUACAAGGCUCCUUUUUGCAGGAGCAGAAACAAGAAUCAUGGCUGGCCAGCUAGGCCGCAGAUGGAUUGUGUAGCUAACAGCAACGACCUAUUGCUAUAAAAUACUAUAUGUAGGCUUGGUGCUGCUCAUAAAACGUGGUGCUUAGAAGCCCGUGUCUCAAAUACACAACUAUCGUUGACUUUUGUUGCCUUUUGGGGCCCACAACACAAGCUAGUGAGACCGUUAGCUUCACAACCUUGACUGGUUUACGUCUUGCCUUCGUAGUUCGCUCCUUUAGCCCGCUAACGAUAGCCCGCAUCGCUCGGCGAGCCGUCCUCUAGUCACAAACAUUUGGUAAAAUACAUUUACCAGGGCGUUUGCUCUAAUCGCUUUGUGUUCGGAAGGCAUUUGUAUCAAAGCAAAUUCCUUUAGCGACGUCUGCACCUGGAUGAAUGUGGGACAAAAUGGAGACCCCGACAAUUGUCUACGAUUUGGAUACCUCUGGGGGCUUAAUGGAGCAAAUCCAGACACUGCUGGCGCCCCCGAAGUCCGAGGAGGUAGAGAAGAGGAGUCGGAAGUUGGUGAGAGACGUCCGGAGGAGCGGCAGGGCCACCAACCACGACACCUGCGAUAGCUGCCGGGAGGGGGGAGACCUGCUGUGCUGUGACCACUGCCCUGCAGCCUUCCACCUCCAGUGCUGUAAUCCUCCUUUAAGUGAAGAAAUGCUUCCUCCAGGGGAAUGGAUGUGUCACCGCUGCAAUGUUCGAAAAAAGAAGAGAGAGCAGAAGACAGAGCAGACCAACGGCAUUCCUGAGAAGUCCUCAUCUAAGCGCUCAGUGUCCCCAGCAGUGGAGCUGGAGCUCAAUGCCGGCCCACUGCGGCUUGACGGCCUGCCCCCGGGGGCCGGGGCAGCAGGGCCUGGUCUACGAGUGGCCCAGGUACGCCUCUUGGACCGCAGGACCAGCAGCAGGCCAAGCAGCCGGCCCGGAACGCCCACUUCCAACACUUCGUCCACCCCAACCCCCUCAGAGGAGCAGAACGACGGGGAGGAGGAGGUAGCAGAGCCCGAGGAUGAAGUUCAGGGCUCAGAGUUUGAGGGUGCUACGCUAUCCGCUCCGACUCCACGCCUCCUCAAGAGGCCCUUUCAGCUGCUAAUAGCAGCCGCUAUGGAGAGAAACCCUACGCAGUUCCAGCUGCCCAGUGAGCUCACCUGCACCACUGCACUACCAGGCAGCAGUAAACGGAGGAGAAAAGAGGAGCUACUGGGGAAGCCAUUCAGGAGGCCUCAGCAUGAGCUGGAUCCCAAUGGUCUGGUCCCUCUUCCAGUCAAAGUCUGCUUUUCAUGCAACAGGAGUUGCAGGCUGGCUCCACUGAUCCAGUGUGACUAUUGUCCUCUUCUGUUCCACAUGGACUGUCUGGACCCUCCACUCACAGCUUUACCUGCUGGCAAAUGGAUGUGUCCAAACCAUAUUGAGCACUUAGUGCUGAAUCAGAGGAGCCUGAGCCUGUCCAGCCGCUGUCAGCUGUUUGACCAUUUCCAGGACAGGAUGUCCCAGCAUGCAGUCAAGUUGGAUUUCCUGAGUAGAGUCCAUCGGCAGAACGCACCCAACCGGCGCACAACCCACCAGCACAAAAAGAAGACCAUCAAGGUGCCAGAUGCCAUCAAGUCCCAGUACCAGAAUCCUCCCCCCAUGCUGAUUCCUGCAGGAGUGCGCCAGUUGGAGCUGGUUUGUAGCGGUGUGCCUGACCACCAGCCCUCAAAGCACCCCACCUCAGAGGCAGAGCAGCAGGAGUGGCUUCAGGAUGUCAUCGCCCUCCAGUGCAGCAUCAUGCGACACCUAUCCAUCAAGCAGAAGGCUUCAUCCACAGCGACCACCCUGUCAUCAGUAACAACGUCAGCAGAAUGGGUUUCUGAGCAGAAAACCAGUGCUAAAUCAUGUGUAACAUCUGAGGACAUGAAAACUUCUUUUGAAAGGACUUCUUACCCCGGCCCCUGCUCUAAACCCUGCAGUACACCUGAUGACCCCCAGGGGGCCUCUUUUUCAAGGGACACGCUUGCAGAGCCGAGAGUUUGUAAAUGCAACACACCACCAUGUCAAAACUGUAGGAAACCUAACGGACCUCUAGCAGAGGAGAUUCAGCCCCCCAAAGCCAACGGACCUGUAGACUGUAACAGGGCCUCAGACUCCUGCAGGCCGGCUGAGCUGCAGCACAGACUGAAGCCCACUACAACACCCCCAGACUCUGCUCCUGCCUCUGGGCUGGUGAACCACAUAGGAGCAGAAAUGGUUAAAAAGGAGCCUGAGAGUACUGCAGAGGCCUGUGCUCAGAAAAUCUGUCCCACUGCCCUGACAAUAUGGCCCCGCAGUGGCCAGCAGAACCACCGGAGCCAGGCAGAGCUCCUGGAGGAGUGUAUGAGCAGCGACGAAAAGCCCACCUACUCCAUCACCUGCAGCGCCCGCUCAGACACACCAACUAAAGGCAACCAGGAGCACGACCCAACCAAGCUGGGGUCGCCAUCACCUACUACAGACAUAAAGGCUGGUCCUGAACUGGUGGGCUCACUGCUGCCCAGCACUCUGUCCUCCAUCGCUAACCUGUCCAGCUGCAUGAAAGACCGAAAGGAUGAGGAAAGAGGGAUUGAGCUGGACAAACUGGAUGCAGAGAUGAUUAAGCUCCUGGCCUGGCAGAGGAUCCAGCAGCUUUUCCCCCCUAAAGUGCCCAGCACUCCGCCUCCCCCAGCCACCAGCGCUAUCCCCAAAACCCCAUCACCCUGCCCCGACAGUCAGAAGAAGGUGCAGGCCCGAGCUGUCUUCUACCCUCUAACAGGAAAAGGAGGAGCUGUCAGCAUGUGCUAUAGGACCUUAUACAUAGGAUCAGGUGCUGACAUGGAUGUGUGCCUUACAAACUACGGUCGUUGCAACUACAUAUCGGGGAAACACGCUUGUAUUUUCUAUGAUGAGAAUACCAAGCAUUAUGAGUUGCUCAACUACAGCGAACACGGCACCACAGUGGACAACGUCCUCUACUCAUGUGACUUCUCAGAGAAGGCCUCUCCGUCUCCACCAUGCGGGCUGGUGGCCAAAGUCCAAGGCAUCAUACGUCGCAGUAAGAAGCGGGAGGAUGACGAGGGUCCGAGCUCUGUGGUGGCUUUGAUGCCGGCUGGUGGAGUAAUGAGCAGCCAGCCUCAGGGCAGCUCCGAGCUGUGUUGCAGCUGUAAGGCAAGCAGCUCUAGCCUGAUCGGAGGCAGCGGGGCGGGUUGGGAGGGCACGGCCCUGCUCCACCAUGGCAGCUACAUCAAACUGGGCUGCCUCCAGUUUGUCUUCAGCAUCACAGAGUUCGCCAGUAAGCAGCCCAAAGAAGAGCAGACCACAGCGCCGGCCACCAGCAGCACUAGCACCAGCAACAGUACCGCACCCACCACCACCACCACUACCACCACCAUCACCAUCACACCACAACCCAACACUGCCACAGUGAGCAGCCCCUCCAGCCAGGAUGAGACCGAUACGGAGACUGUCCCUCCCCACCAAGUGCCCGUUCUGCGCUCCGACUCUAUUCCAUAACCUGCACAGGAACGUCCAGCCUCCCUCCCUCUCUCUCUCCCUCCCUCCUUUUGUUUUGCACCUUCCGAGUCACAAUGAAGGGAAAGUUGCACAGCUGGUUGGUCAACAGGGAAAAAGUUUAUUUUUUUCAUUUUUAAUGGUUUAUAUAUUUGCAUGAACUUGAAGUAUUAUUGACAAUCUCUUCUGUUUUUGAAUGACUGACCAGUAACCCUCUGUUCACUUCAGACCCUUAGGACUUUGAGCGAACAUUAUUUACCUAUGCUCAACUUUUCUUUUGCCAGUAUAUUGGUCAUGUAUGGUGUAACGUUAUUUUGUCAGUCAGCCCAUUUAGCGAAAAACCUUUUAUUUUGUAGUAUUGAAUUCCAUACAUUCUACUUUCUUUUGCUGCUUUUGCACCAUAGGUAGCUAUAUAUGUAUGAAAACAUACAUGCUUAUACACUAUAAUAUGUAUAUAUAAUGUAAAUAUAUAUAAUUCAGUGCUUCUCAAUUGGAGAAUCAUUGGAUUUCAUGUAGAUUUACCAUUGUUUGGUUUUUAACUGUACAGUUCAUGGAAUUUGUGAUACUGUGUAGAGUACCAGAAGUUUUGUGAUAAAGCUUGUUCUUAGUCUGUACUUUCCGCUGUAGUCAAUCUGUAAAUACUGUAUUGUUUUAGCACUCAUUUUAACAUCUUGUGCUGCUCUGUAUAUAAGCACUCUUUGUCUGUACCUGCUUGUCUGUUCAAACAUGUAAAUACAGAAAGAUUUUCUAAG